AGAAUUUUAAAACUUUAACCACGCCAAUCUGGCAACACUUCUUUAACCUGCCAUAUUGUCGUCGUGUGGUAGACGUUGUUGGAUACCGUAUCUUAUUUUAAAUCCAACUGAUCGAAGAUGGCAGACGUAGAGAUGAAAAAUGCUAGUGACAAAAAGACGAAGGAGCCACAUAGGCCAAGAAAUUACAAGUUACCGGGAGGCAUUUGGAGAUUCACUCGUUCUCGUAUGUACCAUAAACGUGGAAUGUGGAACGUGAAGCGUGAAACUACCAAGAAGGAAAAACCGAAGCGCAAGCCGAGAACCAUUGUGAAACCUAUUGGUGGUGAAAAGAAUGGAGGAAAACGUGUGGUGAAAUUGAAAAAGCAGGUAAGAUGGUCAAAGGAAUACACUGUGAAUGAAAAGCGAAAGAAGGACCAGAUCGAAGUGGACAGACAACUGAUAGAGGCCAUCAAAAAGCAUCCUGAGAAAAAGAUGAUGUUCUCUUACCUGGCAUCUGUCUUUCAACUGCGAAAUAAAAUGUAUCCGCACAGAAUGAAAUUCUAGGUGGAAAAAUGUGUAAUAAAAUUAGUUUGAGAUUUGAAA